AUGUCUAAAGAAAAGCUGUUCAACGAGAAAGAAAUCAUUCCCGACGGCGAUUUUAACUUUAUUAUAAAUGAGAAACUUGAUUUUAUUCAAGAGUUGGAAGCCCAUCUCUCGCUUUUAGACAAAUAUUUGGUUGACGACGAGACGGAAAUUUGGCAGGUUGAUGAGAAAUGUCAGAAACUUGUCGACAAAUGUAGAAAUCAAAUGAAAAGGACAAAAAACGAAUCAAUCAAAUGGGUAAAAUUGAUUUCCGACGCUUUAUCCAUUAGUGAGCAGGAACAAAAAAAAAUUGCGUGUAAAGAGGACGAUAAGAUACAACGAAUCCACACCAAAUUGGAUGAAUUGAAAUACUCUAUCAAUAAUCAAUUUGCCCAGCAUGUUCUUGAUACACAAACUCAAACGAUGCAAUUCCCUACUGAAGAUAAUUUCCUUGUGCUGUUUUCUUUCGUGAAAAAUUCAUGUAAUCAAGCAAACAAUAAUAAAGAUGAAAGCGACCCGUCACAGAUUGAAGAUGCCAAAGGAGAUGGUCAAUUAGGGCUUGAUGAAAAAGCAUUUCGCGAAGUAUUGGCCAAUAGAAUUCGCUAUAAUAGAGCAAAAAUCAAAGGGUUGGAGCGAGAAUUAAAGUAUCGCGAAUCAUGA